AUUUGAUUAAUAUCUUAUGCAUCAAGAGGGGAUAAGUAUCAAUCAAGUAUGUUAUAUGUAUAUAAAUAACUUAUAAUCAUCAACAACUGGCUCUAGAGCAAGCUAGCUAGCUAAAAUAAUACUCGAAACCAUAUAUGGAGAUGGAAAUGAUAUCUCCAAGAAAGCUAAGGGAUGAUCUCUAUUACUGGUACCCCUAUAAACAGACGGCCACCGCAUCUGCCACCGCUGCCACGCCGUUAGUCAUCUCGGUGCUUGCUUCCGUGAUAGAGCGGAGAGUGGCGAGGAACGAGAGAAUCGCCAAGAGGUACAGAGGAGAAGGAGGACGAGGAGGAGGAAUAACGGUAAUGUCGGCGUCUAGGGUUUUUGAGUGCCAUGAAACCCCAAACAUGAGUGUUCAGUCGUAUCUGGAGAGGGUUUUUCGAUACACCGGCACCGGUCCGUCGGUGUUUGUGGUGGCCUAUGUUUACAUCGACAGGCUGUGCCUGCUCCAUCCCCACUUCCAGAUUUCUCCCACCAACGUUCAUCGCCUCCUCAUCACCACUAUCUUGCUCGCUUCUAAGUAUGUUGAAGAUAGCUUAAAUGUUUAAAUUUAUGCGCAGGAAUUACAAAAAUUCAUACUUUGCGAGAGUUGGUGGGCUGACAAGAAUGGAAAUAAACAGGUUGGAAGUUGAGUUAUUGUUUAUGAUGGGAUUCAAGUUGCAUGUGAAUGUGAGUGUGUUCCAGAGUUACUGCUGUCAUCUGGAAAGAGAAGUGAGUCAUGGUGGAGGUUACCAAAUUGAGAGGACUCUCAGGUGUGCUCAGCAUAUCAAACUAGCUAAACAAACACAAGAUGAUCAUACACAUUUUGUUACUGCCCUCCUGCUUUAGUGUAAAUAAUGUUUUUGAGUUGGACAAUUCAAUGAUAUGUGUAUUAUCCUUUUUUUCAUUUAACAGUUAUCAUCAUGUUCCUCAUUAAAUGGACCUUCCCCGGAAAGAGUAAAAAAAAUAUUCGACCAUAUUUUAAUUAUUAAUAUAUACUUAAAAAUUAUAUUAAACGCAAUUAUAUAUGA